AUGCCGCCGAACCCCGCGGCGCAGUACAAUGCGCUCACGAAUGCGAUCAACUCGAUUGCGACCGGGGGGCCGGCCGACGGGCUCACAGUAGGGGCGUCGCGGGCCAUUCACGCGGGCAUGCACCCCGCCCCGAGGCAGCUCGCGUGCGACGCGCUGCUGGCGACGGGCGUGGCGGCCUCGGAGUGGCACGAGCUGCUCGCUGCGAUACUGAGGGACCUCGAGGAGAGCCGCGACGACGAGACGCGGGCGCAGGCGGCAGGUCUCAUCAGCGCGCUUCCCGCCGCGGCUCUCCCCACGGCCCUGGCCCAGGACGGCCUCCACCGCCGUCUCGUCCAGUGCGCCGACUCCCACGCGCCGUCCGUGCGCGCCGCGGCCUACGGGGCCAUGGGCGCCCUCCUCGUCGACCGCCACGUCCUGCGCGCCGCGCUCGCGGGCGGUCCGUGCGCGAACGCCGUCGACCAGUUCCUCGAGUACCUCCUCGACGCCGUUCUGGACCCAGCCGACGUCGCCGCAGAGCACGCGCUCGCCGGGCUGGCCCUCGUGCUGCGCUCCGCGGCCGCGCGCCACCUCGCCGCGAGCUCGCCGUCCGCGCACGAGGCCGCCGGCGCCCUCCAGGCCGUCGGCCUCCCGCUCACCGCCGCGCAGUGGCAGUUCGAGGUCACCGCGGACGGCCACGCCAGCAGGGAGGCAAUCGUGUCGCCGACGUGCACCGCUCUCAGCGUGCUGCAGGGCGCGUUCGCAGCGGUGCUCGCGCGCGUCGUCGCGCUCGCGCCGGACCACCAGGGCACCGCGGCGGGCUUCCUGUCCGCCCUCGCGGUCGCCGCGGCAAUCCUCCCCGCCGCGCCGCCCGACCCCGGCGCGGUGCAGCCCUCGGCCACAGACCACCUGGCGCUGGUCCCGAUGUGCCUCGACGCGCUCGGGCGGCUGCGGCGCGCGGCGGUGUCCCCCGCGGUGACCGAGCUGACGUCGACGGCCACGCUGCGCAUCGCGGAGAUCCUGGGCCUCGUCCCGACGCCGGGGAUCGUCGACCUGGCGCGGCAGCAGCGCGCCCUGGACGCCGUGCGGCGCGGCGGUCUCGUGCCCGAGGCGGGGCUCGCGCACGUCGACGGCGGAAUCUCGUCACUCCUCCGGCUGUAUCUGUCGCGGUCGGCGCCGCUCGCGGAGCCCUCGAUCAUCGCGGCGCUCUGCGCGCACCCCGCGCUCGCGAUCCACAAGAUCGCCACCCUCGAGAACUGCGCGCCCCACGAGGCCAUGGUCCGCCUCAUCCUCGCCGUCGGCGCGUCCCUGGCGGAGCCCAACGAGCGCUGCCAGGCGCUCUCGGAGCUCCUGUUCGCCGCCGUCGCGUCCGACGUCCCCGCGGACACCUCCGUGCCGCCCACGAACCUCCUCUCGAAGCUCUUCGGGGCGCCGGAGCUGCGCGGGAUCCUGUCUGCGCCGCGCGCCGGCGGAUACGUGCGCAACGUGUGGGCGUGGCAGAAUGCGCAGAACGCUGCCGCGCCCGUGGCCGCGGCGCCAGCGGCGUCGCCGGCGAAGGGCGCGAAGAAGGGGGACGCGCAGGGCGCCGAGCCGGGCGCGCCGGAAGGCGGCGGGGGGAGGGGUGAGGGGCCGACUGGCGGGGGCGACCUGCUGCCGGUGGACGCGUCGGUGAUCGCGGGAGGCGACGCGCCGGCGAGCGCGAACGGCGGCGCGCCAGCGGCGGCGGACGCGUCCGCGAUCGCGCGGGGCGGCCCGCAGCAGCGCGAGCCGCGCGUGCCACGCGGGAUCGUCGGCGCGGACGUUCCGCGCGAGAUGCUGCGCGCGGAGCUCGCGUGCCUCGCGCUCGAGCUCCUCUCACAGCACCCCGCCGCGUCGCUGUCCCCUCCGCGCUGCGUCGGCGAGGCCACGGGGCCUCUCGCGGCGGCCGCCGCGGAGUGGCUCCACAGCGAGGCCGCGGUGGUGCUGUGCCGCUGGGCGGGCGUCGCGACGCGGCUCUUGAUCGCGACGCUCCCCGUGCUCGCGUGGGCCGACGACGUCGGCCGCGGCGCCGCGGAGCCGUGGAUCGCGCUCUCGCAGCACGUGUCGUGGGUGGCGACGCGCCUCGGCGAGGCGGUCGCGACCGCGGAGGCGACGGCAGGCGCGGCGGGACUGUCAGUGAGGCAGCGGCAGCUCGCCGAGGCGGCGCGGCAGGUGCGCAUCGGCACCGACCGCCUCCUGGCGGAGACGCUGCGCCUGUGGGACCGCAUGCCGCCCGCUGCGCGCCCGCGGCUGCUGUGGCUGCUGUCGCACCACCUCGAGCUGCGCUCCGCGUCGCUCGCGACCUGGCAGCGGCUGUCGCGCGUCGUGAGCGAGGUCGCGGGCAUGGCGGCGGACAGCGGCGCGGACCUGCUGUCCAAGGAGGACAUCAUCGAAGCCGCGCGGCUGGGCAAGAUGGUCAACCCGGAGGGGCUGCGGCAGGUGGCGCGGCGGCGGCGUCUGCUCGGCCUGGGCCGCGGGGGCGAGCGUGCCUCGCGCUCCCGGCGCAGCAGGACCCCGAAGAAGGCACGUGGCGGGAAGCGGCGGGGCAAGAGUGGGGCGGAAACGGCGGCGCCGGAGUCGGACGACGAGGCGAUGAUGGACGUGGAGGACUACGGCGCGGUGCUCGAGGCGGACGACGCGGCGCACGUGCUGCUGCCGUGCAUGCUGCGCCUGGCGAUGGUCACGAUGGAGGUCGUGCGCGAGGAGGCGUCGGCGAGCAUGGUGGGCGUGACGGGCGGGACGGAGGGCGGCGCGCGCGUCGAGGUGAUGCGCGCCGCGCUCUCGGAGGCCACGGCGCGGUGCGCGCCCUUCGCGGCGUCGUCGCCGGGCGCGAGCCACCUGCUGUACCAGGUGGCGCAGGUGGCCGCGGCGGACCCGAACAGCGCGUUCUCGGAGGAGAUCGUGGCGGCGUGCGGGGACCUCGCGGCGGCGUUCAGCGCCGGCGACGUCCUCGCGUCGCCCGCGCUGUCGUCCACGGCCGCCGCGUCGCCCGCGAUGGCCGUGCUGCGGCAGCGCACGCUGCAGGCCAUCGGGAUGACGCACCGGCGGCACCUCGGCGACUUGAUCGGAGGGACGGGGGGCGCGGCGGGGAAGGACGACGCGGUCGGGGCGCUCGCGGAGCUCGUGGAGGCGGCGCCGACGGCGGCGUGGAGCCACGACGCGGCGGAGCACAGCCGGGCGGUGGCGGGGGCGCCCGGGGCGGCGAAGCGGCUCGGACUGGCGCUGGCGCAGGAUCUGUGCGGGGCUCCCGCGUCGGCGGUGGCGCCGCUGGCGGGGCUGAUGCAGCUGGGCGGCGGCACGCUGCUCGCGCCGCUGCUGUGCCGCGGCGGGCAGUACGGCGCGGCCGCGGAGACGGGCGCGCGCGUGGUGGAGCUGACGGCCCCCGGGGACCCCGUGGUGGUGUCGUGCAUGCACGAGAUGGCGCCGGAUCUCGCGGCGGUGCGGCUGACGAUCAAGCUGAAGUCGCGGCUGACGACCGAGGUCGGCGGCGUGUCGGUGCGACUCGGCCUCCGCGGCGGGUGGCGGACGCUGCAGUGGGGCACCGUGCCGCUGGUGUGGACGGCGAAGUCGCUCCCGCCGGGCGGAGAGACGCUCUUCGAGAUGACGCUGGUCGCCGACGAGCCGUCCACGAUGGUCGUGCAGCCCACGCUCGUGCUGCCCGUCGGCGCCCUGGGCCCCAGCGCCGCCAGCGCCGCACCGGCCAAGCAAGGCACGCCGCUGCCGUGCCGGGGCUACACGGUGCCGUUCACUGCGUUCCUGCAGCCGCUCGGACACCCCCUCGGUCCGCAGGGCUUCCUGACGCUGUGGCCGACGCUGCAGCACCAGGCGCACGCGUCAGGGAAGACACCCCCGGGGCAGCGCGUGUCGCGCGAGGACGCGGUGGCGGCGCUCGAGCGGCGCGCGAUCACCGCGAUCCACCGCGCCCGGCUGCAGUCCGGCGCGGGGUUCGACGGGUCGUACGCGGCGCGGACGUGGUCGGGGGCGCUGGUGCUGGCCAAGGUGCUGGUGCAGGAGCUGGCCACGGGGGAGCUGGCGGCGGGGCUGGUGGUCAAGUCGAGCUCGGCGGCGGUGCUGGCGUCGAUGGCGUCGGAGGACUGGGUCGCCGCGCUGUUCGAGGGGUUGCUGGUGUCGAACUGA